UUUCCUUAUUCAGAGUACAUCAGCCCUUUGACAGAGAGAAGGACUUGCACUAACCUCACUCAAAAGGAUUUUAUACACUACUUUUGGUAGAAGAAUGAAAGGAAAAUAAAAUUUGCAAUGACUCUCACCCAGUUCCUGUUUUUUCUUUACCUCAUGCAUGGUACAUUACAGUCACCGGAAACCUUUACAUUAAGAGGAAAUGCCAAUGGACAGCCUUGCGUAUUCCCUUUCCAAUAUGAAGGCAAACAAUACAAUGAGUGCACAGAUGCUGGUAGGUCAGAUGGCUGGCUGUGGUGUGCAACAACUGAAGACUUUGAUGCUGAUAAACUGUAUGGAUUUUGCCCACUAAUAAAUGACACAGAAAGAUUUUGGACAGAAGAUGUUUCAACUGGCAUUCACUAUCAGAUAAAUUCAGAAUCGGCUCUAACAUGGCACCAAGCAAGGAAAAGCUGUCAGCAGCAAAAUGCAGAACUAUUAAGCAUCACAGAGACACAUGAGCAAGCAUAUAUAGGAGAGCUAACUAAAAAAUUCAGUUUUGCAUUCUGGAUUGGAUUGAACACUUUGAAUUUCAACAGUGGAUGGCAAUGGGCUGGGGGCAGUCCUUUCAGAUAUUUAAACUGGGCUCCAGGAAAUCCUUUCUCAACCCCUGGGAAAAUCUGUGGGGUGAUGAAUCCCAGACAGAACGCUAAAUGGGAAAACCAAGCAUGUAACCAGAGACUUGGCUACAUUUGUAAAAAGAGAAACUUCAGUUCAAAACCUGACAGUAUACCCAAGGAGGAACUGAGACCUAUUAAAUGCACAGAUGGUUGGUGGCCUUAUGCAGGCUACUGUUACAGCAUUCAGAGAGAACCCAAAACAUGGAAGGAUGCUCUGACUUCAUGUAAGAGGCAAGAUGGAGAUUUGGCAAGUGUCCACAACAUUGCUGAGUAUAGCUUUCUAGUGUCACAGCUUGAUAACAAGCCAACAGUAGAGCUAUGGCUGGGUCUGAAUGACCUGAAGGCUCACUUCUAUUUUGAGUGGAGCGAUGGGACUCCUGUGACAUUCACCAGAUGGCAGCGCAGACAUCCCACCUACAUGAGUGGUCUAGAGGACUGUGUUGUUAUGAAGGGGCAGGAUGGAUACUGGGCAACUGAUAUUUGUGAUAAGCAACUUGGUUACAUCUGUAAAAAGAAGUCUUCGUCACAAUCUCUUGAAAAAGAGAUGAUCACAGACCCAGGCUGCCAAAAAGGUUGGAAAAUAUAUGGUUCUCACUGUUAUUUGGUGGGUUCUGCCCUUGUAACGUUCUCAGAUGCAAAUAAGACAUGUGAACAAAGUAAAGCUUAUCUAGCCACAGUGGAAACCAGAAAUGAGCAAGCCUUUCUGAUUAGCCUGACUGGGCUGAGGUCUGAAAAAUAUUUCUGGAUCGGUCUCUCUGACACAGAAGAACAAGGGACUUUCAGGUGGACCAGUGGUGAAGCUCCUCUCUUCACACACUGGAACUCAGCAAUGCCAGGAAAAGAACAAGGCUGUGUUGCCAUGGGAACUGGAACGAAUGCUGGAUUAUGGGAUGUCAUUAGCUGCCAGGAGACAGCAAAUUUUCUUUGCAAGCAGUGGGCAGCAGGAGUUCCACCCCCUGCUCCUCCUGCGCAGGUCCCUGCAGCUGCCUGCGCCGAGGGCUGGGACGGAGCCUCCCAGGGAGACUCGUGCUACAAGUUUUUUGUGAGGGAGGGAAACCUAAAGAAGUCUUGGUUUGAAGCUGAAGAAUUCUGUAGAGAAAUAGGAGGAAAUCUGGUCACUAUCAAUUCAAGAGAAGAUCAGAUUUUAAUAUGGCGGUUAGCAUUGGAUAAAGGAGUGCACAUGCAGGGGUUCUGGAUGGGUUUGUUUCUCUUAAAUCCUGAUGAAGGAUUUGCCUGGAUUGAUGGCUCUCCUGUAAUUUAUGAGAACUGGGAUAAAGAUGAACCCAACAACCAUGAAGAAAUUGAACAUUGCGUUAUGUUUAAUAGAUCACCCCAAAUGCGCUGGAAUGACUUGUACUGUGAACACUUACUUAAUUGGAUUUGUGAAACAAAAAAAGGUACACCGCUAAAACCUGAACCAAACUACAAGCUUGAAUAUCAAGCCACUGAUGAUGGAUGGAUUAUACAUGAGGAUAAACAGUAUUAUUUCAGCAAAGAACAUGUCCCUAUGGAACAAGCACGGAGAAUUUGCCAGAAGAACUUUGCUGAUCUUAUUGUCAUUGAGAAUGAAAGCAAAAGACAAUUUAUAUGGAAAUAUAUUAACACAAAAGAGAGUGGAAUAUUUCACGCAGUGGAAUCAUUUUUCAUUGGCUUAGUUGUCAGCUUUGAUCGUAAGUUCAGCUGGCUGGAUAAGACCCCAGUGAACUAUGUUGCCUGGGCUCCAAAUGAACCCAAUUUUGCAAAUAAUGAUGAAAAUUGUGUGAUAAUGUCAAAAGAUUUUGGCUUUUGGAAGGAUAUAAACUGUGCUUUGAAAAAUGCCUUCAUUUGUGAAAGGCACAAUUCAGCUUACUCAGGACUUGCUCCUACUGUACUUCCACCUUUGGGAGGAUGUCCUGAAACUUGGCUUUUGUUUCAUAAUAAGUGUUAUAAAAUAUUUGGAUCCAGAGAAGAAGAGACACUGACUUGGCAGUCUGCAAGAAGCGCUUGUAUAGAAUUAGGGGGAAAUUUGGCCUCUAUUCACAAUGAUCAAGUGCAAGCCUUCCUCACCUUCAAUCUAAAGGAUGUCUCCAGUGAAACUUGGAUUGGAUUAAAUGAUAUUAAUAAUGAGGGUAGUUAUCUGUGGACAGAUGGAAGCUCUUUUGACUAUUCACAUUGGGCAAGACAAUUCCCUUUUAGGGAUGAAUACAUUGAAGUUAACAGGAGGUAUACUACAAUACAGACUGACUGUAUUGCCAUGACGAAAAGAUCUGUAAAUGAAGCAAGGCGCUGGGAAAACACUGACUGUCAGCAUAAAAAAAGUUAUGUUUGCCAGAUGGACAGCAAGCCGGAACUCUUUCAUUCCACAACUGCUCCAGAUUUUGAUUUCGUCCAUUAUAGUAACAGCAGCUAUUUGAUCAUUCCUUCUAAAAUGAAUUGGGAAGAAGCAAGAAAAGCCUGCAAGGAGAAAUCUUCAGAUCUUGCCAGCAUUUUAGAUUAUUACAGUAAUAUAUUCCUGCUGCUGCAGGCAGUGCCAUAUGGAGGGCCCUUAUGGAUUGGGCUCAAAAGCAAUGUGGGUUAUGGAUAUUACAGAUGGACCGAUAAAAGGAAAAUUGAUUUUUCUAAUUGGCACUACAGAGAACCAAAAGAGAAAAUAGCCUGUGUCUACCUAGAUGUCCAUGGGACCUGGAAAACAGCACCUUGUAAUGAAAAACAUUUUCCUGUCUGCAAAAUGUCUGAGGGUAUACUUCCUUCUGAUCCCCCACAGGAUAUUGGAAAAUGUCCUGAAUCUGAUCACAUAGCUUGGAUUCCUUUUCGAAGCCACUGCUAUUAUUUCAAUGCCAAUGAAAUGAGCUGGGCUCAGUCUGUGACUCAAUGCAUUCAGUCAGGUGGCAUCUUGGCUUCUGUAGAAGACUUGGCUGAAUCAAACUUUCUAGCAGAACAAGCAGACUUAUACACAAGCAAGACAAGUGGCUUUUGGAUAGGAAUAUACAGAAAUGCAAAUGGGCAGCUGCUUUGGCAAGACAACAAUGCCUUUAACUUUGUCAACUGGGGUGAAGGAGAGCCCUCAGAGGAACAGCUUGAUUACUGCGUGCAACUGUCUGCCUCCUCUGGGUACUGGAUUGCCAUUCCUUGCUCUUCUGAAAAAGGGUUUAUUUGUAAGAAACCAAAGACUAUUCUUAAAGUAACUGCAAAUGUGAAAGAUGCCAAAAAAGACAAAGAACAUGGUCAGAGCACUGUUUGGAUACUUACUCUGGUCCUCAUCAUUUUAGUAGCGAUGGGCUUCAUGGCUUAUUUCUUACUCAAGAUCAAAAACCAAAGUGAGACUCAACGAGCAGUGAGGCAAUAUAGCACACUGCUAGAGCACAGCAGUGACCUACCUGGAGGGGACAAAGAUAAUGAUCCUGCCAGCAACAAAGAAAAAGAUGAACACAGCGUCAUCUAAUGUGAUUACAUAGCUAAGCUAUACGGUCAAGCUUAAAAAAUAAUUUAGCCAGAACAAAAGAAGUCAUAGUAAAUGUUACAUACACCAGCUUACAUUAUGAACUAAAGUAGCAAUUAUUCCUUUGGUAUGGAUUAAGAGCUAUUGCUCUAUGCUUUUCAAGACAUUUUCUCAGGACUAAGACUCAGAGUACUGUGUAAAAUCGCUAAUUAAACAAGCAUGACAAAUAGAAGGUCCAGUGUGAACCUGGAGUUAAAAGAUAUGGAUCAAUAACCUAGUGGGUUUUUUUGUUUGUUUGUUUUUGUUUUUUUUAAGAGAUCUGUGGCACCAUCACAUACAGAACCAAGUACAGAUAUACAUGGAGUGUUCGACACCACUCAGCCCCGAAGCCUGCCUUUUGAGAGUGCAUACUGCUACUCAAAUGAAAUGGUGUUUGGAAUAACCAGAGAUUUACAUGAAUUUCUUUCCUCCAUUAUCGCACCUUAAUUGCACUCUACACAAAUAAAAUUGCCAUAAUAUUGUAACUUGCCAUAUUGUCUUUCUUGUCAUAAUAUUGUAACUAUAAGUGAAAUCUUUGUCCUUCAUUCACGGAGUUUCAGAGCUUCAAUUUAGAUUAGCCAUAUUCUUUUACAAUGGAUAUUUUGCAUCAAUUAAAUAUUACAUUAUAUCAAUAAAGGAUCUAUAUCUUACAUAAUAAUACUUCAGUGCUGUUGAAUUAGCAUGCUAAUGCUAAACUAUGUUAUAUGGAUUGGUGACCAGAUGAGUCAUUUACAUUAUAAGAUUAUAAGGAAACACAGAAACAUGAACAAGGCAUAUGAAUAAAAAUAAAUAUAAAUAAACUAUAAAAUAAAGUGAAUGCCAAAUAAAGCUGGAAGAA